AGCGUUCUCCUCUCGAGGAGGGAGUGAGAAACUUUACAGCACGCUACAAAUACUCCGUGGCAGAAUUCUCUUUUUGUUGAAUGCGCCCUUCAGACUGAUUUAGCUAGGGCACCUCGUGUUUGUCAAAGUGAACCGCUUGCUUCAUUAUUAAACACACGUAAACAGACUUUGUAACUUGGAAACUCGUGAGGACAAACUAAGCAUCUCCAACUGUUACUUUAGUUGCUCGUCGGCUAGAGUAGUCGACCCAGUUUCUUCUACUUUAGACCAACAAAACAAAGAGGAAAGCAUCAGGGAAGGCAAGGUUUGAUCUCUUAUAUCACAGCCUAUGCAGUUGGGAACACUUUCUAUGAGUUGUGCAGGAAAGUAGCUUAACCUAACGGAAAUUAACGUAUCCAUCCAUACUCAAGAGUCUCGCGCAGCUUUCUGUGCUAGCACCUGCAGAGAUGACACGAAGGUCUUGCGCGAUUUAUGCGGUCGGGAUCAUCUGCGCUUCCCUGCUGUUCGUCGGGAUUGGUUUAGUUGUGUCUCAAGGUUUCCGCACGUUGAUGCACAACCGCCUCAAAAAGGAGAUCGUUUUGGUAGAGGGCAGCCGUGUGUUUGAGUCAUGGAAAACCCCUCCACCUCCUGUCUACAUGGAGUAUUUUUUCUUCAAUGUGACCAAUGUGGACGCCUUCCUUGAAGGGGCCAAGCCAGAGGUCAAGCAGGUUGGACCCUACACGUACAGGGAGUACAGGUAUAAGGACAAUGUAAGCAUGGUGGAAAAUAACAGGAUGGUGUCCGCAUACAACAUCAAAAGCUUUGUGUUCCUGAGAGAGAAGUCUGUGGGUGACCCAGCUGUGGAUAACAUCACCACUGUCAACAUCCCUGCUUGGGCUGUAAUGAACAAGGUGAAAGGGAGUUUCUGGAAGACCUCCAUGGCAUCCAUGUUGAUGACCUCUUCCAGGAGCGGUCUUUUCACUACUCGCACUGUGGAUGAACUGCUGUGGGGAUACGAAGAUCCCUUGCUGGCCCGCGUCGCUACCAGCAGUCCUGAGGUGGAGAAGGUCUUUGGCCUCAUGUACAAGAAAAAUGGAACUAAUAACGGGGAAUUCAUCUACCACACUGGGGUGCAGAACUACAUGGAUUAUGGCCGCGUUGAAACAUGGCAAGGCCAAAGCCAGCUGACCUUCUGGGCGUCUAACCAAAGCAACAGCAUCAAUGGAUCAGAUGGAAGUGCUUUCCAUCCCCUGCUGAACAAGAAUGAACGCAUUUACAUCUUCACUCCAGACCUCUGCAGGUCGAUCCACAUGGAAUUUGAGAAGGAUGUAGAGGUGAAAGGAAUCCCAGCCUACCGUUUCACACCGCCACGCUCUGUUUUUGCCAGCAAAGAGGAGAACCCAGCCAAUGAGGGUUUCUGCGUCACCCCACAAGAGUGCCUGGGAACUGGCCUUCUUAAAGUCAGUCCUUGUCGGAAAGGUGCCCCAGUGGUUGCCUCCUUUCCUCAUUUUUACCUGGGAGAUGCUAAAUAUGUGGCUGCCAUUAAAGGAAUGUCCCCUCAAAGACAGCAUCACCAAACCUUCCUAGACCUUAACCCAACCACUGGAGUGAUUGUUCGUGCAAACAAGAGAGCACAGAUAAACAUCUUGCUCAGCAGAAUCUCUGGAUUCCCGAAAACUAGAACGCUUAAUGAGACAAUCUUUCCCGUCAUGUUCCUCAAUGAGAGUGUGGUGAUUGAUGAUGCGUCUGCGGCGAGAGUACACAAGCUGCUGCUGAUUGUCACUCUAGUGUCCAACUUCCCGCUCAUUAUUGUGGGACUGGGUGCCAUACUGCUCGCAGUCCUCAUCAUCCUUCUGGUCCGGGCCCGCAAACAGAAGAAGGAAGUUAAGCGCACUGUGUUUACCAAGGCUCUCUAUGCUACCUCCACUGAAGAGGACACUUCUUACUCUCGAGUCAGUGACAAGGAAAAGGAAGAUCCACAAAAUGGAACCUAUAUCGGUCUGUCACCUAAAGAUGACCCAUAAGCUUGAGGAGGGGGAGAAUGAUCAGAAGGGCUCUUUGUACAUCGACAACCCUCAGAAAUACAAAUAGGGAUUUGGGUUUUCAGGAGAGAGAUUAUUGUCAAUAUCUCCUUUAUGAUUGGAAAUCUUUGGGGUGGGGGGUGAGGGCUAGAGGAGGAAAACAUGUUUUUAGUUUCAAACAUACUGUCCUGUAUGUAUUAAUUUUAGCCAUGCAGAGCUACCCAAAGUCCAGGUCUAGCACAAUAUUUUCCCAGAAAAAGUUUGACAUUCAUUCAAAAACACUGUCGAGGGUUACUUUUUGCUGUUUGGUUAAAUCAGUUGCUGAAAGCUGCAGUUCUCAAAUGAGUAAAAAUGGAGAGCCUACUUUGUGGUGAUCCGAAACAAACAAACCCACCCCUGUGGGAUCAUUUUGAUUUUAGUGCUGUGGCCUCACCUUAUUUUCUGUUUACCUCGAUUGUGCCUUCAGAUUUUACUGACUGAUUACUAUGUUACAGGGCAUAGAGGGUAAUUUGGGACCAGGGUAAUGAAGUCCAUAAAUCGUGAGAUUUUUAGAUAUCAUACGUCACUCUCAGGGGUCCUCUGCUUAGAUACAAUCAAUCACUAUUAAAGAUAGGGAGAGAAGCAAAGCAUACUGCAAGGCUUCUCUUUGUGCAGCAAUUUAAUCAAUUCAGUAUUACUAUGUUUCAUUUGCAUUUCGUCCUAAACCAAAUGUUACAAAACCUUGCCAUUGCUCAUUAGUGUUUUCUAUUCAUGCACUGUAUUUAGAGGGAUAUCUAUAAACAUUGUUAGCACCGCAAUUGAGAAACCUUCAGAGUAUAUUUUUGUAUGUAGAAAUGUUUGAAUGAGGAACAUGCUAAGUUAAAGCUUCACAGUUGUCUUCUAGUAGUAUAAUGAUCGACACCUUUAUCAGCCAUAUAAAGGCCUGAAUAUGACAGGAUUUUGUGGUUGAAAUAAUGAUUCAUACACUACAGAAUAUGUGUACAUUAUUUUUGUCCUACAUAACUCCUCACGUAACAUUAACCGCCAUUUAAAAAAUAGAAUUCAGCUUAUUAUCAUUUCAAAAUGUGCUUUGUUGAAGGCCUUACUUAGAUAUUGUUGGUGCUGUAUAUGACACCAAACAAACCUUUUCUUUAAUGUUUGUGAAAGACUUCAUGUCAGGUGUCAAGCCAUUGCAACUAAAAACUCAUGAAGGUUCAAUAUGAAGAAACACUCUAGUUGUGCCUUUAAAAGAAUCUAUGUUACUGAAUUUAUUUUGCCUUUUAUAGUUUUCACAUAAUUUUGUGAAAAGAACAUCAUGUCAAACCAACACAUCUACUCUCGCGUAUAUAUAUCGUUUUCUUCCAGAUACCAAACAAAAAUAAGCAUGAAACUGCUAUGAGUUUUUAUAGUUGGCGGCAGGGUCAAACUGCACUUUGAAAACACUUUGCUUGAAUGAUAGAUUGUUGUGCAGAGCCACAGCUUUCUCACUCGAGGCUGGUGAAAACAAUUGAUUUCAGGUGCCAUUUAAUGUAAUAUAGAAAAUGCUGCAGAAUUACUACUUAUGAACUGCGUUGAGCCCAGCUUUUAUUUCUGUGCUUAUUCUUAGUUGUAACAUCUAAGGAUAAAUGAGUUCCUUCAUACCACCUCGUCAUUACAUGCACUGCAAUAAUCAACAUUAAAUAUAUCGACGACGAUAGCAGAGAAGCUGUAACAAGUUUCAUUUAUGGAUUUCUGCUUCCUUAUUUGAUUUUACUAUUUGUGUUUGAUGUAUACUUUAAUCAGUUAUGUACAAUAAGAAACUAGAAGAAAUUCAUGAGAGUGCAUAAUGUAUCAUAAUUUCAUUAGAAGGGGAAUGAAUGGAUAAAGCAAGCUUUUUUACACAAAAAACACAGUAUUACACAAUAUUAGUGUUGUGGUUAAAAAGGAUAAAUUAUUUUGUUGAGUUGGUAAAUCCAAAACACAGAAAGAACCACCAUACUAGGCUACUUUGUGCCAUACUUUGAUAACAGAUUGUAUUUUCUGAAAUUAUCGUUACUGCUAUAACCACUUGUUCUUAUUGUCAGCUUGUUUUGAAACGCUGACUGUUAGUACUGUGUACACAAAAAUAAAAGUAGUUUGAGUAAA